GAAAUGAAAGAGCUCAAAAAAUGGGAGACUCGCAAAGACUUCGGACUUCCACGUUCCAAUGAGAGCCGAGUCCUUGGCAAUCAAGCUACCCAUAAAGCUAGGGACUUGUGGUCCCAUUUUCUGUGUAUCGCAAUCAGGGUUUUAUUAAUUCCUCCAUUUUAGUGAAGAACUGCAGCUUUCAAUAACAUGGCAUCUGUGGCAGUCCAAGAAUCAGCAGCGACGCUUGAUCUCUCUUGCGACGAUUAUUACUUUUCGCUGAUGUUGGAUGACGAGAGUGUUAGCGAUCACGAUUCUCCUCCAAUUUCCGACGAUAAGUACGCCGAAGAGUUGCAGUUCCAGGAGACUAUACUGUCUUCCUUGAUCGCCAACCCCAACGCCGUCACGCCGGAGCCGCCGUUGGUGAUCAUGGAGGUCGAGAGAAUGUCGACGGGAGCCAUGGAGGUUGUGGAGGGAGGAGGAGGAGAAAAGGGCGAAUCUUCGCAACUGUUCUGCGAGAUUUGCGCGGAGAGGAAAGAGAGCGAGGAGAUGUUCAGGCUGGAGAGCUGCAGCCAUGUCUUCUGCACAUCUUGCAUUAGCAAGCACGUGGCGACGAAGAUUCAAGACAGCAUUCACGUCGUCACCUGUCCAGGCCUGAAUUGCAGGAGUUUUCUUGAAUUUGAUUCCUGCAAGGCGAUUGUUCCUAGCGAUGUGUUAACUAGGUGGGACGAGGUUUUAUGCGAAUCCCUAAUUCCGGCGUCGGAGAAAUUCUACUGCCCUUACAGAGACUGUUCGGCGAUGAUGGUGAACGACGGCGGCGGUGGAAUGAUAAUUACCGAGUCGGAGUGCCCUUUCUGCCAUAGAUUGUUCUGUGCUGUGUGCCAUGUGCCGUGGCACUCUGGGGUGGGGUGUGAGGAGUUUCAGAGGCUGAAUGAGGAUGAAAGAGGGAGAGAGGAUCUCAUGGUGAGAGAACUUGCUAAAGAGAAGAACUGGAGAAGAUGCCCUUUUUGCAGAUUCUAUGUGGAAAAGACUCAGGGCUGCUUACAUAUGUCUUGCAGGUGUGGCUCGGAGUUUUGCUAUGCGUGUGGAGCGAAAUGGACUGCAACUCAUGGUGGCUGCCAGUGAUUCCCAGUUUAGCUUUCUCAAUCCAUAACUCUAAAAAGGUCACUCCUCCUAUGAUAAUCCUUUGAUAUUAGUGUCAGUUUGUAGUCAGCUGUCAAGGGUCUGAGCUAUGUUAUGAAUUUGUUCUAAAACUCGUAUCGAAUUUGUUUGAUGAUCAAGGGGCUCUCUAUUGCAUACGUCUUGAGAAUGUUUCUUUAUGGCACUGUGGUUAUCUGUUA